CGGACCUGACCUGCCCUCGCCAUGACCGAAGCCGCCGUCCGGCGCCCGGGGGGCACGGUCCCUGGAGGGUGAGCGUGGCAAGAGGCCCCCGCCGGAGGGCGAGCCUGCAGCCCCGGCGUCUGGAGUUCUGGAUAAGCUUUUUGGGAAGCGGCUCCUGCAGGUGGGUCGAUAUCUGGUGUCCCACAAGGCGUGGAUGAAGACGGUGCCCACAGAGAAUUGCGACGUAUUGAUGACCUUCCCAGACACUACCGAUGAUCACACUCUGCUAUGGCUGCUGAACCACAUCCGCGUGGGCAUCCCCGAGCUCAUCGUGCAAGUCCGCCACCACCGCCACACGCGUGCCUACGCCUUCUUCGUCACCGCCACGUAUGAGAGCCUACUCAGAGGGGCCGACGAGCUGGGUCUGCGCAAAGCAGUGAAGGCUGAGUUUGGCGGGGGCACCCGCGGAUUCUCCUGCGAGGAGGACUUCAUCUACGAGAAUGUGGAGAGUGAGCUGCGCUUCUUCACCUCCCAGGAGCGCCAGAGCAUCAUCCGCUUCUGGCUGCAGAACCUUCGUGCCAAGCAGGGCGAGGCACUGCACAACGUGCGCUUUCUGGAAGACCAGCCAAUCAUCCCUGAACUGGCGGCCCGAGGGAUCAUCCAGCAGGUGUUUCCAGUCCACGAGCAGCGCAUCCUGAACCGCCUCAUGAAGUCAUGGGUGCAGGCUGUGUGUGAAAACCAGCCUCUAGAUGAGAUCUGCGACUACUUUGGAGUCAAGAUUGCCAUGUACUUCGCCUGGCUGGGUUUCUACACAUCAGCAAUGGUGUACCCGGCCGUCUUUGGCUCUGUCCUGUACACGUUCACGGAGGCUGAUCAGACAAGCCGGGAUGUAUCCUGUGUGGUCUUUGCCCUCUUCAACGUGGUCUGGUCAACGCUGUUCUUGGAGGAGUGGAAACGGAGGGGGGCGGAGCUGGCCUAUAAGUGGGGAACAUUGGACUCACCUGGGGAAGCCGUGGAGGAGCCACGACCCCAGUUCAGGGGCGUGCGACGCAUCAGCCCUGUGACUCGGGCUGAAGAAUUCUACUACCCUCCCUGGAAGCGGCUGCUCUUCCAGCUGCUCGUGAGUCUCCCCCUGUGCCUCACCUGCCUGGCCUGCGUGUUCCUGCUCAUGCUCGGCUGCUUCCAGCUGCAGGAGCUGGUGCUGAGCGUGAAGGGACUGCCCCGUCUCGCCCGCUUCCUGCCAAAAGUCAUGCUAGCCCUGCUGGUCAGUGCAAGUGCAGAGGGCUACAAGAAGCUGGCUGUCUGGCUCAAUGACAUGGAGAAUUACCGGCUGGAGAGCGCCUACGAGAAGCACCUCAUUAUCAAGGUUGUCCUGUUCCAGUUCGUCAACUCAUACCUGAGCCUCUUCUAUAUUGGCUUCUACCUCAAAGACAUGGAGCGCCUGAAAGAGCUCCUGAUCGUCCUGUCCCUGUCCCAGAGCCUCGAGCGGCAGCUUUGGGCGGUGCUGGUCCCGCUCGUGGCCCUGCGGUUCCGCCUGUUCCUCCUCUCCCUCCGGGGUCUCCUGCUCGUGGCCCGGGCCAAAAUGCUGGCCACCCUGCUGAUCACCCGCCAGUUCCUCCAGAAUGUUCGGGAGGUGCUGCAGCCCCAUCUGUACCGCCGGCUGGGCCGUGGCGAGCUUGGCCUGCGGGCCGCUUGGGAGCUGGCCCGUGCCCUACUUGGCCUGCUGAGCCUCCGGCGCCCUGCACUCCACCACCUCGAACCCCAGGCUGAAGAGGGUGGUGGUGGCAGCAGCAGUGGUGGGGGCCGCAGGUGUCUCAGCGGGGGCUGUGGGGCUCCUGAGGAGGAGGAGGAAGCCACAGUGGAGCGGCGGCCCGCGGGGGAAGGUGGGGAAAUAGGGGAUGGGCCUCGGGGGGGCAAGGAGGAGGAGGAGGACGACGAGGAUGAGGAUGAGGAAGAGGAGGAUGAGGAUGAGGACGAAGGUGAAGAAGGCGGCCUCCUGGACUGCGGGCUCCGACUGAAGAAGGUCAGCUUUGCUGAGCGGGGAUCCGGGCGGCAUCGACCUGGCCCAAGCCCAGAGUCCCUCCUGGAGGAGGGGAGCCCUACCAUGGUGGAGAAGGGGCUGGAACCAAGUGUGUUCACACUGGCUGAGGAAGAUGAUGAGGCCGAAGGGGCUCCCAGCAGCCCUGAGCGGGAACCCCCGGCUGUUCUGCUCCGCCGGGCCGGAGGCGAGGGCCGAGAUCAGGGGCCUGAUGGGGGCCCGGACCCAGAGCCAAGUUCGGGUGACUCAGCCCGGAGGCAGCGUCGGCAGAACAGGUCAUCUUGGAUCGACCCACCAGAGGAGGAACACUCACCCCAGCUCACCCAGGCCGAGCUGGAGAGCUGUAUGAAGAAAUAUGAGGACACGUUCCAGGACUACCAGGAGAUGUUUGUGCAGUUUGGCUACGUCGUGCUCUUCUCGUCUGCCUUCCCGCUGGCCGCCCUCUGCGCUCUGGUCAACAACCUCAUCGAGAUCCGCAGCGACGCCCUCAAGCUGUGCACGGGGCUGCAGCGGCCCUUUGGGCAGCGGGUGGAGAGCAUUGGCCAGUGGCAGAAGGUGAUGGAGGUCAUGGGUGUCCUAGCAAUCGUGGUCAACUGCUAUCUCAUUGGCCAGUGUGGGCAGCUGCAGCGCCUCUUCCCCUGGCUCAGCCCCGAGGCGGCCAUCGUGUCUGUGGUGGUGCUUGAGCACUUCGCUCUGCUCCUCAAGUACCUCAUCCACGUGGCCAUCCCCGACAUCCCAGGCUGGGUGGCCGAGGAGAUGGCCAAGCUGGAGUACCAGCGCCGGGAGGCAUUUAAGAGACAUGAGCGCCAGGCCCAGCACCGCUAUCAGCAGCAGCAGCGGCGGAGGCGGGAGGAGGAGGAGCGCCAGCGCCACGCGGAGCAUCACGCCCGGAGGGAGCGCGACACCGGUGGACGGGAGGACGGCUCG